AUGGCUUCCCGUCUUCUUGUCUCUGGCCUCCCCCGGUCCCUCCCUCCCCUUCCUCCGGGGCCUGCCCCCACCUGCGUUCCCUGCGUCGAGGGGCGGCAGCGCGCUGCCCCUCACUCCUCCGAGUUUCCUCCGACAGAGGCUCCGCUGCAGACGCUUCACAUGGACGUGUGGGGCCCAGCCCGCGUCCGUGGGCAGGGUCACGAGCGUUACUUCCUGCUGGUGGUUGACGACUACUCGCGUUACACCACAGUCUUCCCCUUGCGCAGCAAGGGUGACGUCACUGAGGUGUUGAUCGCCUGGAUCCGCGCAGCUCGUCUCCAGCUCCGGGAGAGUUUCGGCUCGGACUUUCCUGUUCUGCGUCUGCACUCCGACAGAGGCGGAGAGUUCUCCUCUGACCUUCUGCGGGCCUUCUGUCGUGCACGAGGCAUCCGCCAGACCUUCACGCUUCCGGACUCUCCACAGCAGAAUGGGAUUGCUGAGCGCCGCAUUGGCAUGAUCAUGGACGUCGCUCGUACGUCCAUGGUCCAUGCGGCUGCCCCCCAUUUUCUCUGGCCGUUUGCGGUUCGGUACGCGGCGCAUCAGAUCAACCUUCACCCCCGGGUCUCCAGGCCGGAGACCUCCCCUGCUUUACUGUGGACGGGGAAGGUUGGCGAUGUGUCUGCGUUCCGUGUCUGGGGAUCUCGGGCGUUUGUCCGCGACUUGUCUGCGGACAAGCUGUCCUCUCGUGCUGUUCCCUGCGUCUUCCUUGGCUUCCCUCCUGACGCGCCUGGCUGGCAGUUCUACCACCCCACCUCGCGCCGUGUUCUGUCCUCCCAGGACGUCACCUUUGACGAGUCGGUUCCCUACUACCGUCUCUUCCCCUACCGCACUGCGUCCCUCCCUCCCCCGCCGCUCUUCCUUACGCCAGGUCCCCCUCCGGUAGACCCCCUCCCCCCUCAGGGUCCUGCUCCCUCAGGUGUGUCCCAGGUAGAUGCAGUCGAGCCUGUCGAGGUAGCUGUUGACUCUGGUGCUGCUGGGGGUGCUGAGCCUGGGGGUGCUGAGCCUGGGGGUGCUGCGACUGGGGGUGCUGGGCUUGAGGUUGCUGCGCCUGGGGGUGUUGACCUUGGGGGUGCUGCGUCUGGGGGUGCUGAGCCUGGGGGUGCUGCGCCUGGGGGUGCUGAGCCUGGGGGUGCUGUGUCUCGGAGUGAGUCGUCUGGUGGUGCUGGGCCUGACGGUUCUUCGGGUGCUUCGUCCCGGCGGGAGCUACUCUCUCCACAGGAGCUGCGUGAGUGGUUUGCCCGGCGCUGGAGGCGUGCUGCUGGAGCUGGCGGUACUUCGGACGCUGGAGGUUCUGCCUCUGCUGAGGGUGCUGGUGCAGCGGAUCCCAGAGGUGCUCGUACAAGGUGUACUGGAGCUGCUGGGCCUACAGGUGCACCUGGUGCUGGAGCUGGUGGUGCUGCGGACGCUGGAGGUUCUGCUGCUGCUGAGGGUGCUGGUGCAGAGGGUCCCAGAGGUGCUCGUACAGGGUGUACUGGAGCUGCUGGGCCUACGGGUGCUCCUCCUGCUGGAGCUGGUGGUGCUACUGGUGCUACUGGCGUUGGUGCUGCUGGUGCUCCUGGAGCUGGAGCUGCUGCGUCUUCGGGUGGUCCGACUGGAGCUGGAGCUACUGGGGGUGCUGGCGCUGGAGGUGCUACUGGCGCUGGUCCGGCUGAGGGUGCUGGAGUUGGAGCUGCUGGAGCUGAGGGUCCUCCUGGUGCUGGUGCUCCCGUUGGGGGUGCUGUUCCUGCUGGCACUGGUGGCGCUGCGCGGCCCCGGCCGUACUUCGUUCCGCUCCUUGAGCAGGUUCUUGGUCUUCCGUCCUCUCUUGGUCCUGCUCCUCCCUUAGCGUGUCCGCCUCCUGUCCAGUCUGUGUCGCAGUUACAGCCGGCCUCCCCGCUUCCUUCUCCUUCUCCCUACACUGGUCCUACUGGAGGUCUUGCUGAGCGUCGUGAGCCUGCGUCUCGCCCUGCGUCGCCUGUCCGUGCUGCUCGCACUAGUGGUCGUGGUUCGCGUCAGCGUCCUCCCCCUGUCCCCGGCACGCACCGGAUGUCUCUGCGUCCUUCCACUGCUCCUCUGCGUGCCCCUUUGCCUUCUCCUCCCGCGUCCUCUCUUCCUGACCUUCCUGACCCUGAGUCGGACUCCCUUCGUGCUGCGCGUCCUACUGUCACGCGUCUCCUUGCUACUGUCGUCACUGACCCUUCCUUUGAGUCUACUGCUGCGUCUGCUCUGGUUGCUGAGCUUGUCGACUUCGCUGCUCGCUGUCGCCUAGACUACGCUGCCAGUCUCGUCGCUGAGUCUGAGUCUGUCUGUCCUCCGUCCGUCGGGGGUGAGUGUGCUCUUGGCACGGACGUCCUUGAGGACAGGCAAGAGGAGUUCCAGUGCUUGGCUGCUGCUUCACCUCAUCUCGUGUCCGUGCUGCUUGCCCCUGAGGGAGACCCGGAUGCACUUGACAUCCCGACUCCGCGCUCUUACGCGGAGGCGAUAGAGGGUCCCUACUCCUCUCAGUGGCAGGCAGCCAUGGACGCAGAGAUGGCUUCCUGGAAGUCCACAGGCACCUACGUUGACGAGGUUCCCCCGCCUGGGGCGAACAUCGUCAGUGGCAUGUGGAUUUUCAGGGUGAAGCGGCCGCCGGGUUCUCCGCCUGUCUUCAAGGCGCGUUACGUGGCUCGUGGCUUCAGUCAGCGGCAGGGAGUUGACUACUUUCAGACCUUCUCACCCACCCCGAAGAUGACCACUCUUUGGGUACUGCUGCACAUAGCCGCUCACCGAGACUACGAGCUGCACUCUCUUGACUUCAGCACUGCUUUCUUGCAGGGCAGCCUGCACGAGGAGAUAUGGCUAUGCCGUCCACCUGGCUUCACUGGGACUUUUCCUCCUGGCACCCAGUGGAGCCUCCGGCGGCCAGUCUACGGUCUCCGCCAGGCACCUCGUGAGUGGCACGACACACUGAGGACUACACUUGCGGCUCUUGGGUUUGCUCCUUCUACUGCCGACCCGUCGCUGUUUCUGCGCACCGACUCUUCUUUGCCGCCGUUCUACAUCCUCGUGUACGUCGACGACUUGGUCUUUGCUACACCCGACACUGCUGGACUUGCCUACGUGAAGUCCGAGCUGCAGAAGAGACACACGUGCACAGACCUGGGUGAGCUGCGCAGCUAUCUUGGCUUGCAGAUCACCCGGGACAGAGCACAGCGCACCAUUACCCUGACUCAGUCACACAUGGUGCAGCAGGUCCUUCAGCGCUUCGGCUUCACGUACUCCUCGCCUCAGGCCACUCCUCUAGCUACACGCCACUCGCUCUCAGCUCUGCCUUCGGAUGAGUCCGUAGAGUCGAGUGGCCUGUACCCAGAGCUUGUUGGCUGCCUCAUGUACCUGAUGACCUGCACUCGACCUGACCUUGCAUACCCUCUUAGCAUUCUUGCACGCUAUGUUGCUCCUGGGAGACACAGACCAGAGCACAUGGCUGCAGCGAAGAGGGUGUUGCGUUACUUGUGCAGUACGUCGGGCAUGGGGCUUGUGCUUGGAGGGCAGAGUUCAGUGGUCCUCACUGGUCACGCAGACGCUUCUUGGGCUGACGACCAGGCUACGCAGCGGUCGUCACAGGGUUACACCUUCAGCCUUGGGGCCAUGGCUGCACAGGAGCUACGCUGGCUCACCUACCUGCUGACUGACCUGGGAGAGCCGCCUCGUUCUCCUCCAGUGCUGUACGUAGACAACAAGGCCAUGCUGGCCUUGUGUCGGGAGCACAGACUGGAGCACAGAACGAAGCACAUCGCUCUUCGCUACUUCCUUGCUCGUGAGCUGCAGCAGCGUGGUCAGUUGCGCCUUGCUUACGUGGCCUCUGAGGCCAACACUGCUGAUAUCUUCACUAAGGCACUCGCGCCUUGUGAUCAUCAGCGCUUCUGUACUCUGUUAGGUCUUGUGCCUACCUUGCCUCACUUGCUUACUUCUUGA